AUGGGGACGUGGAACUAUAUGCUUAAGAUUAAGCUUACUGAUUUACAUCCGAUUUUCAAGGAGCUUGACUUGAUGGCUAAUCCACAAAUUCGUCUUCGUUUCCGCGUUAACCAGGGCACUUCAGCUAUUGAUUGGCAAUGUAUUGUCGCUGGUUCCAUUGCAGUUUCUUGGGGUGCUGUGGUUAACUCGCUUGAGCCUACAAUUGAUGGAACCUACAUGCCUUUCACGACUUCUCGACUGUAUGUUCCUUUCGUUCAUUUGGAGAACCCUCAGGCUAUCAUCUCUAAGCCCGUUAAGAAGGUUCGAUACAACGAUUGCUAUGACCAAUGGUUCUACCAGCGCGCUGGUAUUGGUAAGCAGUCGACUCAGCUUAAUGCUGCAUUUGAUCUUCAGCUUUCGGCUUCUGUUAAGAACGCUAAGUAUGUUAUCCUCCUUCCUUUUGCCGAACAGACCGGUAGUUUUGCUUCUGCUGCUAUCCAAGAGUUUCAGAGUCCUUUCGAUUUGGCUCCUUGGACUCUUCACCCUGGUUCGAGCAUUCGCAACUUCAACGUCCGCAUUGGUUCGCAACAGACCUUCGACAUCAGCCAUGACUAUGACUUCCACCACUUUACUAACGAGAUCGCUAAGAUUGCUUCGAUUAACGGUGAUCUAACUCCCGAGCUGGUGAAUGGUCUUCUUGACUAUCAGACGUGGUCUCUAACUAACCGCGUCCUUAUCGCUGACGUUAGCCGCCUGACGGAGCGUGAUGUACCUCAGGCUAUUCAGGUCCAGGGUGUCAACGCUGGUUGCCAGGAAACCAACAUGCUUGUAUUGGUUGUGAGUGAGCAAGAGCUCUCCUACGAUCGUCUAACGGGUGAAAUUCUUGAUUUUACCACUGCUUAG